CCAAAGUGUAUAAGGAAAUCAAAAACUAAAGUCUCUUUAGGAGCUACGGCGGUUUGAUUGCUUCUCUCAAAAAGGCAAAGACAUCGCACCGUCAACUUCUCAGAUCUCUCUCUCUGUCUCCCUCUUCGUCUCUCUACCAAUGGAUUAUAUGACGAUGAUAAAAGAUGAUGAACCACAGGAAGAAGAAGAAGAAGAAAUCUCCGAUAAGUUUCUCUGCUGCGUCUGUCUGGAACUUCUUUACAAACCAAUUGUGCUAUCGUGUGGUCAUAUAUCGUGUUUCUGGUGCGUACACAAGUCCAUGAGUGGCUUCCGUGUGUCUCAUUGUCCCAUCUGUAGAGACCCUUAUCUUCACUUUCCCACUAUCUGCCAAAAGCUUCAUUUUCUGCUAAAGAAGUUAUACCCCAUUGCGCAUAACAAGAGAGAAGCACAACUUCUAAAGGAUGAACAAGCACGAGCUUGUUUCUCACCUCAGAUUGAUGAACCGAAGGCUAAGCUUGAGUUUACAAGUGUCUCUGAUGAGUGCUCUAAUCCAGAAGAACCCCUUGAAGAUGCAAAAACUGUUAACGUUCACGAGAAUGACUUACCUAAGAAUGGCGUUUCAAAAGAUGAUUUGCUCUGUUCAGCAUGUAAGGACCUGCUCGUGCGACCUGUGGUUCUCAACUGCGGACAUGUGUAUUGUGAAGGUUGUGUGGUAGAUAUGAUGGAUCAAGAAAGCGAAAAGAUCAUAUGUAAAGAGUGCCAUGUUUGUGACCCAAGAAGAUUUCCCAAAGUUUGUUUGGCUCUUGAGCAGCUUUUGGAGGAAAGCUUUCCUGAAGAAUACAGUUCAAGGAGAAGUUUGAUUCAGAAAAAGCUUACCCACAAUAGCAGAGGAAAGGGCGGCACAUCCUCCUCAUCAGAAGAAAACAGCAACAACAGUCUUCCAAACACUACCUGUAAUGUUCACAUCGGAGUUGGUUGUGAUUCAUGCGGAGUCUAUCCAAUCAUAGGGGAGCGAUACAGAUGCAGAGACUGCAAGGAGAAAAUGGGGUAUGACCUUUGCAAAGCCUGUUACGAGUCUCCUUCUAAAGUUCCGGGGAGAUUCAACCAGCAACACACUCCUGACCACAGGUUUAAGCGUGCAUCGUUUCGUCAGCUUCUGCUCAAUCUCAAUUCUGUCGGUAUCCUUCUGGCACCGAUGGUCCGUGAGGGUGUGAAUGCACAAGGACGUGAUGAAAGCCAGGAAGGGCCUCAUGAUUCUAAUGAGUCAUCAUCACCAAGCACAUAAUGAAAUAGCAGUCUUUGAGUAUGCUGGAAUCUUAUAGGGAGACAUGGUGUGUGCCUGUUGAAAAUGGUUUGCGUUUGUAUAUUUUUUAUGGAAAAAAAAAGUUAUGGUUUUUAAAACAUUUUAAAUCAAUUGUUAAUUUAUGACCAUAAAAAUAAAUGUUUAUAUUUGGUUGCUUA